GAAGGCGGUAAAAUCAACAAGCUGCUACAAUACAAACUGUAAAAACUCUUAUUUUUCGUGUUUAACCGGCUCUCAGAGAGGCCAAGGAAAAGAUGACAACCUGCGUGAGAAGGACAUUCACGUCUUUGUCUGAACGCUGAGACAAACCGACUUUAUUUCUGAGAAACGUUUGUAGCUGUAAAAGAGUAAACGGCGCGCGGUUAAUGCCGAGCUAACUGCGACCCGGGAUAAGUUAGCUAACAUAGGCGUCCACGCAGCAGGAACAUGAGGAAGACUGCACUGAGGAGGAUGCAGAGCGUGCACACGGUGGGAACCACAAUCUCUGUUACCAUCUCCAUGUGGCCUAUCAGUGGAUCUGAAACAUGAAUGCAACUCAAGCUGGGGUCUGUGCUCCAACGUGCCUUCUACGGGUCCAGUGGGAGGGUGACCCUUUUCGAGCAGAGGAACUUCGCCGGCCGACGGCUGGACCUGAGUUCUGACUGUGCCAGGCUCAGUGACAAGAACUUCCCAGAGAGAUGUAACUCUGUGCAGGUGGAGAGCGGAGCAUGGGUCGCUUAUGAGCAUGAGAACUUCCGGGGCCGUCAGUACCUGUGGGACAUGUCCGACCGGGGAGAGUACAACUGCUACGACAAGUGGUGUGCUCAGGUGGACCACGUCUCCUCUGUCCGCUCUGUCAAACAGGACAACAACCCUGCCAAAGCUCAGCUGUUCGAACGAGCCGGCUUCUCCGGUAAGAAGAUGGAGAUCCAGGACGACAUCCCCAACCUGAUGAGCCGUUACAGCCUCAACAGAGUCGCCUCCAUCCGCGUCCUCGGAGGAGCGUGGGUGGUGUAUCAGGAGCCAAACUACAGAGGACCUCAUUACAUCCUGGAGAAGCGUGAUUACAACAACUUCUCUGACUGGGGCAGUCAGAACAACACCGUGGGUUCCAUGCGCAGAGUCCGCUUCAACUAAACACGACCACAACCGCCCCUGAGCUACCAACUGCUGUAUAACAUGGCAACCCCAUUGUCACACAAACACACAAGAGAAAACCUGUCAGCUUUACACACACACACACACACAAAAACUUAUUUUUAGUAAUAAACUG